AUGGAGCGCUGGCCCUAUGGCUGUGCGUGGCUCCUGGUGGCCGGCCGAGCGCUGCUCCAGAUGCUCCGCUCCGACCUGCGCCUGAGCCGCGCGCUGCUCGGGGCCCUGGCACUGCUAGCCCUGCUGGACUGGCUGUGUCGCCGCCUGCUGCCCACGCUGCCCGGGGUGGCCGUGGUCGCCGGUGCGGGCUGGCUGGUGUUGUCCCGACUGGCUCGGCGGCCCAGGCUGCCCGUGGCAGGGAAGGUGGUCUUCAUCACUGGCUGUGACUCUGGCUUCGGAAAAGAGACAGCCAAAAGGCUAGAUGCCAUGGGCUUCACCGUGCUGGCUACGGUAUUGGAGCCGGAGGGCAGAGGGGCCCAGGAGCUUCGGGCCUCUUGCUCCUCCCGCCUGACCCUAUUGCAGAUGGAUCUGACCAAACCUGGGGACAUCACCCGAGCCUUGGAGCUUGCCAAGGCCCAAACCGCCAGCUCUGGGCUCUGGGGACUAGUGAACAACGCGGGCUACAACGACAUAGUGGCCGACGUGGAGCUGUCCCCAGUGGCCACCUUCCGCAGCUGCAUGGAGAUCAACUUCUUCGGGGCUCUGGAGCUGACCAAAGGGCUGCUGCCACUGUUACGUCGCUCCCGGGGCCGCAUUGUCACCGUGGGCAGCCCAGCAGGAGACAUGCCGUAUCCUUGCCUGGCUGCCUAUGGGGCGUCCAAGGCGGCGGUGGCUUUGCUCAUGGACACAUUCCGCAGCGAACUCCUCCCCUGGGGGGUGAAGGUCAGCGUCAUCCAGCCCGGAUGCUUCAAGACAGCGUCCAUGGAGGACCCCGGCCUCUGGGAGCAGCGGAAGCGGCUGCUUGUGGCCAGCCUGCCCGGGGAGCUGCUGCAGGCCUACGGAGAGGACUACAUCGAGCACACGCACGGCCAGUUUCUGCGCACCUUGCGUCUGGCCGUGCCCGACCUGAGCCCCGUGGUGGAGGCCAUCACCGACGCGCUGCUGGCCGCUCGGCCCCACCGCCGCUACUACCCUGGCAGGGGCCUGGCGCUCAUGUACUUCAUUCACUACUACCUGCCCGAGGGGCUGCGACGCCGCUUCCUGCAGGAGUUUUUUAUCAACCACUCGCUGCCUCGGGCCCUGCGGCCCCCGGCCCAGAACCAGACCCAGACCACGUCCCAGUGA